CUAACAAUUGCAUUAUCAUAUCAUUCACAUUACUAGCAAAAUAUUCUGUUUUGAUUUCAAUAUUUCGAAUCACGCUAAAUAAAAUUAUUAAAAACAAAUAUUCCUAUUAUUACGCUAGCUUUCAAACAACCUCAUACAAUUUGGAAAUAAAAAUUGGUUUGUAUAUUCGAUAUCUAAUAGGAAAUAAUCACAACUACCACGAUCAUUGAUUAUUUUACGGCGUGCAUCCCUAAUGUAAACCCUAAUUUAAGAUACCGCUAUAUAUAUUUGCCCCAAUAACAUCAAAACCAUAUCAGUCUACGCACUUUCUAUUAAAAUAUCGACAAUGACUACUUUUCAUCCUCUCACAAAACUUCGUCCUUUUAAGAAUCACUGGCGAGUUCAGGUCAAGUGCUUACAUUCUUGGAGGCAGAACACUCCUUUUGGUGAUACAUUUGAAAUGGUUUUAGCAGACCAGUGGGGAAACAAAAUCCAAGCCUCUUGCAAACGAACACUCAUGUACCGUGUUCAACGUGAGCUCCGACUAGGAAAAUGGGGAGUCAUUGAAAAUAUGCAAAUGACUCCAGCCGGAGGCAAAUAUAAAACAACAAGCCACAAAUACAAGAUGAGUAUAUCCGAUGAAACUAUGGUACGAGGCUCCGAUUUAACUGAUGACCGUCUCUUCCUCUCUCUUGCCAAUUAUGAAGACAUUCAAAAGGCCACAAGCAAAAGCAAAGAGGUUUCAUACCUUAUAGAUGUGAUUGGGAGAGUUCAUGAACUUGGAAAUGUUCAAACCGUCAAAGCACAAGGAGAAGACAGGAAAAGGGUCGAAUUUAGGCUAAUUGACUCACAAGGAAACGAUCUUGCAUGUUGCCUUUGGGGAUCUUAUGCUGAGCAAAUAGAAGCUUUCAUUGAUGAGUGCAAAGAUCGAACUAUUAUUUGUUUGAUAAGGUUUGCCAAAAUCAACUUCUUCAGAGGAGAGGUUCAAAUCACAAACGCCUUCGAUGCAUCACGCAUGUACCUUAAUCCAACAGAACCUGAAGUUUUGGAGUUAACAGAAAGGCUAUCUGAUCAUCAUUUACAACUUGCUCCUUUUGAUAAAUCUAAUGGAAAGAAGGAUCGUAAACGCAUAACUUAUGACUGGAAUGAUGCUGAGAUCAGGUCUAUUUCUGAAAUCAUUGACGGAAAUCAGGUGGAGAUUUGUAAGAUCAUUUGCACUAUUGAAGCAAUAGACACUGAUUGGGCAUGGUUUUACAUUGGUUGUAACCGUCACAGUAAACGUGUCAUUAAGCUCCCAAAGAUUGAUUAUGAAAACAUGACAAAACUUGACAAACCAAUGUUCCGCUGUGAAGUUUGUAAUGCUAAUAUCACUAAUGUUGGACCCAAGUUCAAGCUUCAUCUUGUGGUGAAAGAUGACACAGACACAUGUAAUUUAAUGUUACUAGGCUCUGUUGCAAAUUCCAUCAUUGGCCAUACAGCUGAAGCCCUAUGGGAUGGCUCAUAUGCAGAAAUUGAAGAUCCAGAGAUACUACCAGAACCAAUCCUUAGUUUGGUGGGAAAGUCUUUCUGUUUUGGGCUGUCUUUUGGCUCCGAAAAUGUCACCAAUGGAUCAGGCACCUUCAUGGUUUUAGAGGUUUGUUCUGGAGAUAAAGUUCUAAGUAUUGAUACCAAUUCUGAUGCAGUGACUGAGGUUGGAACAUCUUCAUCUACCAUGUCAUCUGGUGAUGUAUUGAUGUUGGAAUCAAGUUCACCAGAAGAUCCUAAAACUCCCUUUUCAAAGCGCAAAGAAGAUGAUGCGGAUCUAAAUGACCAUUCAUCUACUUCCAAGAAACUGUGCACCAAGAUGAUCAAACAGGAAAAGACCAAAACUGAGUAAUCUGAAGAGUUUCAACAAGUUCUCCCCUUCAAUUUUCUCUAAAACGUUUUUAGUAUGAUUUUUUCUGGUUUUCCAUAGUUUUCUGUUUUCUUUGGUUCUAUUUUGUUAUGUUACUUAUUUUAAUAUUUGAUUUCAAUAAGA